AUGGCGCCUGACCCGAAGCUCGACCUCGACGACGGCAUCCCCUGGAGCGAGCCCGCGUGGCAGCGCAACGUAGCGUCGCCCUACUACAAGCCCUCGCACCGCCGUCUGCGGGACGCCAUCCGUCGGUACAUCGACGCCAACGUCCUCCCGCACGCGCUCGAGUGGGAGGCCGAGGGGGACGUCCCCGUCGAGGUCGCGCGGCGGUUCGUGCAGUCGGGCAUCCCGUUGGACGACGUGCCGGCGACGUAUCGUCCCUCUCACGUGCCUAACCUCGCGGGCGUGCCUCACGACCAGCUCGACGCCUUCCACACGCUCGUCAUGGCCGACGAGAUGGCGCGCAUCGAGGGCGGCGUCGGCAUCGCCCUCGCCGGCGCCUCGUCCAUCGGCGCGCCGCCCAUCAUCCACCACGGCACCGAGGAGCAGAGGGCGCGCUGGCUGCCCGGCUUGUUCACGCGCGAGACGAGCUUCUGCCUCGGCGUCACGGAGCCCGGAGCCGGGUCCGACGUGGCCCGCAUCACGACGACGGCGCAGAAGACGGCGGAUGGCCUCUUCUACGUCGUCAACGGGGCCAAGAAGUGGAUCACCGGCUCCCCCUGGGCCUCCCACAUGACGACGGCCGUCCGCACCGGCGGCUCCGGCGUCGGUGGCAUCUCCGUGCUCGUCAUCCCCAUGGACGCCGCCGGCGUGCAGGUGCACAGGAUCCACAACAGCGGUCAGAACGCCGGGGGCGCGUCCCUCGUCGACCUCGACAACGUGCGCGUGCCCGUGGCCAACCUCGUGGGGGCCGAGAACGCCGGCUUCGGCGUCAUCAUGCGCAACUUCAACCGCGAGCGCUUCCUGCUGGCCGUGGCCUGCAACCGCAAGAGUCGCACGUGUCUGGCCAUGUCCUUCCAGUACGCCAUGCGUCGCGAGACGUUUGGCCGGCCGCUGCUGCGCAAUCAGGUCAUCCGCCGCAAGCUCGUCGAGUUGGCCCACCGCGUCGAGGCGCACUGGGCUUGGCUCGAGCAGCUCGCCUUUUGCGUCGACGCCGCACCCCUCGGCUGGCAGAGCCCGGACAUUGCCGCCACCGUGGCCCUGCUGAAGAUUCAAGGCGGCCAGAUGGUCGAGCUGGCCGCUCGCGAGGCCCAGCAGGUCUUUGGAGGUGCCGGCUAUCAAAGGGGCACGGGACCCGGCGCGACCGUUGAGCAAAUCAGCCGCGACCUGCGCAUGUUGGUCGUCGGAGGUGGAAGCGAGGAAAUCAUAUCCGACCUCGUCAUACGACAGGAGCUGUCUCUCGCUGCAGGGGGAAGCAAGCUGUGA